CCAAAUAAAAUUUGUUAUUUGACUUGAUUGAACAUCGACAUUUUUGAUCUGUAUUUGUCUUUAUCUUUGGUUUUACUGUCUGUCUGUCUGUCUUAUUAUCUACGGAUGUGAUAAUGCAUAAUUUUGUCAAUUGUGAAUCCUGUAAAGAUCAUGAAUUCCAUAUUGCUGAAGAAAUCCAAAUUGAUUGUCAUCUGGAUCCAAAAUGUGUAAAUGAAGCAAUUCAUGAUUUAGAUGAAAUUAUCUAUUCUAAACGUUGUAAUAAUAAUAAAGAUAAAUCGAAAAAUAUGUCAUCAUCAUCAUCAUCAACAAUAACAACUUCGACUACCACGACGGCUGCAGCAACGACUGUACCAUCAGUUGUUGUUGAUGCAUUUCAAACGGCAACAGCACAAGCUGCGACAACAUUAAUGCCUCCAACAACAACAAGUACAAAGAAAAUUUCCAAUUUUUUUCAUUAUGGUCAUCAUAAUAAUGGUUCGGGUAAUAAUAAUAACAAUAAUGGGAUUACUGUAACAACAACGACGACGACCACAACAACCGGAACUUGUUAUAUAAAAACAACGGCAUCAUCAUCAUCAUCAACAGCGAAUAUUCGUGCCAAUAAUGUUAAAAUACGUUUGAAAGAGAAAACAAAGAAAAAAUUAGAAGAAAAAAAACUGCGAUCAGCAGCAGCAGCUGCAUGUAUUUCCGGUAUCGUUCAAGAAACAAUAACAACGACAACAUUUUCAAAAAUUCAUGAUCAAAUGGCAGCUAUGGCAACGGCUGAUCCGGCAUUAACAAUGGAAUUACUUGGUGCAUCAUUGAAUAUGAAUCCAGCCGUAGCUGAUCAAUUUCAUAAUCAUCAUCACCAUCAUCAUCAUCAUCAUUUUCAUAAUCCACAUCAAUCAUCAACAUCAAAAACCGGUAGUUGUGGAACAUCGCCAUCACGUAAUAAUAAUAUUACCACAUCCACAACGAGUACAAAUAAAUCUCAACAACAACAAAGGCAACCCUUGACAAUGAAAUUAAAAAAAUUAUGUAAUCCAUCAACAACGAAUAAUAGUAAUCGAUCACAAGAAGAAUGUUGUACGAAAAAAGAUGACUGCCAUUGCCAAGCAUGUAUUCAGAGGCAAAAAAUUGCCGAAGAAUUAAUUGCUGAAGAGGAAAGUUCCAAGAAGAAAAAACAGAAAAAGAAAAAGAAUAAAAGUAAUAAACAGAAAAAAGAAGAUAAUAAAAAAGAUGAUGAUGUUGAACAAGAGAAAAUGCACGAUAAUGAUGGAGAGAAAUCUGUGAUUCGAAUUAAAAAAAAUUCGAAAUCUGAACCUCUGAAAUUGUCAAAUGUCGAAUCACCGGUGACUACUACUAAUAUUACCACCAACACCACCGCCACCGUAUCGGAACAACAGUCAACGACAACAAAUAAACAACAACAAUCAUCAAAGACAUCAACUACAUCGAAAAAGAAUAAGAAAAAUAAAUCAAAUCAAUCGGUUGAAACGGAAUUGACAGUUGCCAAAACAACUUUACAAUCGACUGUAAUGGCAUCAAAAGAAGACCGUAAAUCAUCGGAUGUAAAUAAUUCAAGUUCAAAUGUUGUUAAUGAUUCAAAUGGUGAUCCAACAUCGGUCGAUAUACAACAAUGGAUUAAAGUGAAAAAUAAAAAUAAACAACAACAGAAUUCUGGAAAUUCAAAUACUAAUACCGAUUGGAUUGUCGAUGAUGAUAUGACCAUAGCCGGUAUUGAUUCUAUCGAUAAUGACGAUUAUUUUAAUCAUAAUUAUAAUAAUAAGGAUGUGUAUGAUUCACCAGAUCAAAAUGGAUUCAAAGUGAUACAAAGUGACAAAUCACGUAAAUCAAUUAAUACGAAUGAUAAUGAUAGCUCAUCAAUAACUCAAACAAAUAAUAAUAAUAGCAACAAUGAUAAUGUUGGUGGAAGUGGUGGUGGUAGCGGUGGCCUAGGUCUUGGAUCACGUACAUCCUUUGGAUUGAAUUCGGCUGCUGCAGCAUCGAAAGCAAAAUUAUUGGCAAUAGAAGCACAGAUUGCACAUAGUAAUAAUGAAUUGAAAGGUGCGGUUCAAUACAUAAGUGAAGCAUUGGAAAUUGAUUCAAAGAACCCUGUUUAUUAUAUCAAUCGAGCAUAUUAUCAUGAACGUUUGAAUGAAUUUGAACAUGCCCUUAGUGAUACAGAAUCAGCAUUACGUUUUGACGAAUGUCGUGAUCAUCUGGAUCAUGCCCUUUGUCUUAAAGCUCGUUGUUUAAUCGGUUUAGAACAAUAUGAACAAGCGGAACAAUUACUUUGUCGUAUUAAAACGUUACCACAUAAACCGAAAUUUAUACCAUUCCUUGAAAAAGAUUUGCUAUUGUUACGUAUGAAAAAACUUGUAUCAUGUAGCUAUACGAUACCAUUGGCACGAAUCUAUGCUACUCGAUAUAGUAUGAUUGCCGAUUCAAUAGCUGCAAUUGAACAGAAUUGUCAGAUUUUAAUGGAUAAAAAAUUGAAUGAAUCUGACCCAAAAUUACAUUUAUGGCUUAUCAAUCAUCAUCAACAACAACAGCAAAAUUCUUCUGCAUCCACAACAACAACAACAACAGAUUUAUUAGAUUUUCUAAAUGAAUCGAAAUGUCUAUCCUCUAAAACGAUGCAAUAUUUUUUAACAGAAUCACAAAAAUUCUAUACAAUCAAUCAAAAUGAUUAUGAUGAUGAUGAGAUAUAUUUCAGUGAAGAAGAUGAACGUAAACAAUGGUAUGGUCAUCCAGAUCAAUGGAAUCGACCAAAAGAUAUUCUCCAACAAUUGCCCGUUCAUUUCGAAGAUGCAAAAGAACCACCAAAUUCAAAGGGACAGAAAGCCUUAUGGAUCGGAAAUGUAUCACCCAGUUGUUCAUUGACAUUUGUUACGAAUUUAUUCAUGAAAUUUGGUAAUGUUACAUUCUGUAAGAUAUUUCCAAAUGAACAAAGAUCACCGGAUGUGGCCUAUCUAUUAUUACAUUAUGAUAAUGAUAUAUCUCCUCGUUUAGUCAUGUCUUAUUUCAAGGAUAAAAUCGUUCCCGGAAUUUCCAAAGAUGACAACUGCCCAUUAUUGAUUCGUUUCCGUAAUAAAAAUGACAAGAUUGAUGAUGCAUCGAAUGAUUCGAAUUCAUUACCAACUACAACAUCGGCUAAUGGUUCAAAUGCGGCUAUCGCUGCAUCCACUAGCGGUUCAAAUUCUCCAUCAUCGAAAACAGUAUCCGAAUGUUAUUAUUAUCGUACGACUGGUUGUGAUCGUCAACAUUGUACGUUUCGUCAUGUUUUAGGUAAUAAAGGAAUCGACAAACAAACAUGGAUGAGGAAGAAAAAUUAAUCUCCACACAGCAGAUACACCUAAAUAUUCUUCAUACCAAUCAUUUAACGCAUUGACUACCAAUGGCUCAUAUAUGACAUAUGAGUGGUGAAUAUAUUGUUGAAUUAAAAACACACAUAUAAUACCUACAAAAUCUAUUCUAUUAUUCUAUUAUAUAAUAUAAUUAUUUAAUA